CAGCUCUCAAACACUAAGCCUCACAAAAAUGUUGUUUACGUUAGCGCAGAGGUCGUUUAGAGCCUGGAUCUGACAGAUGAAGAUAAAGUUUACUUCCUUUUGUUCUUUGCUGUAAGUUUAGUCAGCAUGGCUGUGAUUUUCUUAUCACUAAAAUUAUUCUCUGCUCGUAGAUGCCACUUGUGAUCUGCAAAGGAACGAAACUGAACAUUUGCCAAACAAAACUGCGACAUUAGAUGCCAGCAGACACACCUUGAGGUGAGUCAGAAGGUUGCGGAGACUUUCAGAGCGAGAACAAGAUGCCUGUGGUUAAGGCGGAGGACGAGGCUCCGGCUCAGACGGCCGUGGAGACGACAGACUCUCAGAACGCAGAUCCUCCAAAAGGCCGACGCAGGAAAAGGCCUCUGCAGAGGGGAAAACCUCCCUACAGCUACAUCGCUCUCAUCUCCAUGGCCAUCGCGAGCUCCCCUGAUCGCAAGCUCACUCUCGGGGGCAUCUACAAGUUCAUCACGGACCGCUUCCCUUUUUAUCGGGACAAUUCCAAAAAAUGGCAGAACUCUAUCCGACACAAUCUGACACUCAAUGACUGCUUCGUCAAAAUCCCCCGAGAACCGGGGAGGCCUGGGAAGGGCAACUACUGGUCACUGGACCCAAAUGCGGAGGACAUGUUCGAGAGCGGGAGCUUCCUGCGACGUCGCAAACGCUUUAAACGCUGCGAUUUCACCACCUACUGUACCUCCUCGUCAACGUACCAUCACGACUCGCCCAUUUUCUCUCCGGUCCAGAUCGCCUCCUCCGUCUACGGGUCGGUGUACCCGACGUAUGCGCCGCAGAUCUCUCCCCCGUACUACCCACCAUCCACGACCCCGUUUGGUUCGAGCCAGUCUCGUGUGUUCAGCAUCAACACCAUCAUCGGGUCUGGCGGUUUGGUGCACAGCCCUCCGGAGACGCCGCCGGCGCAGCCAUCGUGCCGUAACUUCAACCAAGACGGAGGAGGAUCGUGCUCACUAAACUCCAACCAUAUCGCCUUCUCGUACCCCAACACUGGGAAUCAUGGGUACGGCCAGGCCGCUCAGGGCAUGUUCACGCACAACGGCACACAGAACUACAUACCCUCUGGGCGACUAGGGGUGACGGGGUCAUCCCCCAUCACCACGGAUGUAGCAAAUGAUCCAUACAUCCAUAACAGCGGUGGAACAGGUGGGUACAUGAGACCUGUAACGUAUCCGUCCUGCAUGGACCGGUUUGUUUCUGCCAUUUAAAAGCUAUGAAGGUGCUAAAAAGAGAUAAAUACACUGCUGCCUGGGACCAGACUGCACGCGGGUACAACACUAUUUAAAGACUGGUACACCUGACUGUUUGGUUCUUAUUUUUAAAUCAACUAUUCCUGAGCUCAUGGAAAUCAGUUAUAUUCGCUGCACAUGUGGAAAAUAUGGCAGUAUCUCAGGUCACAUGUUUCUUUAUUCUCUCUCUCUCUCUCUCUCUCUCUCUCUCUCUCUCCUGAAGUGGAACGACGUUUGAAAAGACUUGACGUUCUCAGCUCACAGCACAGAAUUCACCUCACUGACUCUGAAAAGAAUGAACAUUUUGAUCAUUUUUACUGACCCAGGAAUAGAGUGCAGGUUGAUUAUGUUAAAGAGAUGUUUACUGUUUCCUCUGUUUUUACCGUGUGUGAAAUGUGUUCCGGUGUGUUUCUGUAAUUAUUUUGCAUUCUACUGCAUUUCUUUUUUUGUACAGAUAUUAAAAAUAAACUAAUGAAAUAGAAAAACCUCAUUUGAGGAAAGCUGUUUAUUAUGUGGUUGGGUUUUUUCUCCUUUUUCUUUGUUCUUGCACAAUUUCAAUUAAAUCUUUAUUGUUGAAGUCCAUGAAGAACUCCAUUAUAAAUUUGUGGCUUAUUGAGUAAUUAUUUAAACAAUUC